AUGAGUACAAGCUCAAGAUCAUAUUCCAUCAGCUUAAGUAGCUUGAGAGCUAGUGAUUUAGUGUCUUUGAAUAUGAGCUCAAAUCAGAGUUCUGGCAGCUCAGGUCUAAUGAGUUUCAGACCUAGCAUUUCACUUUCUGUGAAUUUAGACUCUAGUCUGGGGUCCUACAGCUUAAUUCUGAGUAGUUCAGUUCCUAGCACACUGAGUGUGCUAAGUAUUUCAAGACCUAGCACCCUGAACAGUUCAUUUCUAAGUAGCUCAGGACCUAAAACCCUGAACAUAAUAUCUAGCAGCUCAAGCUUAAGUACUUCUGAAGCAAACAUUGAUAUUUUUAACAGAUCAAGCCUUAUUUCUUCAAGUUUCAGUGGUUCAAGAUUAAAUAACUUGACCCUCAUUUCCCUUCACUCCAGUAUUUCAAGUUUUGAUUCAAAUAUUUCAGUUUCUAUGAGUCUAAGUUCAAAUCAAGUUCAAGUCUUCGCAGCUCAGGAUCAAGUAGUACAAGUGUUACUAUUGUUGUCAAGUCGAUCUGGUCCAAGAACCCCUUGCUUAAGUAAAACAAGUGUCAGUACAUCAAGCAUUAGCUCCAGUAGUCCAACUUCUUUCAGUUCAAGUACCUCAAGUUCUGUUAGAUCAAGCUCUAGCAUGUCUAGUAAACCAGGCUGUAGCAGCUCAACUACCAGUUCUGGGUCAAGUAGUUUGGUAUCUAGUUUAAAUUCCACAGGUUCAAGUUCUAGUAGCUCUAGUUCCAGUAGUUCAAGCUCAAGUAGCUCAAGCUCAAGUAGUUCUAGUUCAAGUAGUUCAAGCAGCUCAAGUUCCAGUAGCUCUAGCAGCUCAAGUUCAAGUAGUUCCAGUUCAAGUUCUAGUAGCUCAAGUUCAAGCAGCUCUAGCUCAAGUUCAAGUAGUUCAAGUUCAAGCAGCUCUAGUUCAAGUUCAAGCAGCUCUAGCUCAAGUUCAAGUAGUUCAAGUUCAAGCAGCUCUAGCUCAAGUUCCAUUUCAAGUAGCUCAAGCUCAAGUUCAAGCAGUAAGUAG